UUUUCGGUCGACCGACGACUAGCCCGCUCGCAAAGAAAUUCCCCUUAUCUCGCUCCCCCCGUCCCGUGAUGGCGACAUCGACGUCCGGCGCCGGCGACGGCAAGGUUUCCAUGGACGCCAAGGCCAAGGCGCUGGUGGCCGCGAAGAUCCAGGAAGGGGAGUACAAGGUGCGGAUGAUAGGAGAGUACGCGGUGCGGACGGACCGCGCGAUCGAUGCGCUGGAGAAAAAGGUGCAGGACAUCGAGGCGGUGAUGGAUCUCGAGCUGAUGCUCGGCGAGUACUGCGCCGACCUCUCGGACAUGCACAAGGCGCGCCACUACUACCGCGCCACCUCGCUCUCGGAGGAGGAGAAGCUGUACCUCCACCAAAUCGACGACUUCGCCGCCGCCACCAUCGCCGAGUACGAGGCCAGCGUCGGCCCCGUCCCGGCCUUCGACAAGCACCUCAGCCUGUUCAGCCAAGAAAUCCCACUGGAGUUCCCCGAACCCUUGGCUCCCCCUCCCCCUUCUUCGGCUUCGGCUUCGGCUUCUCACCACGAGCCUGCUGUGGACAAUGGAGGGGAUGUUGCAUGCUAAGAGAUGAUCACCUGGAGCACCCCAUCCCUUUCAUUUCUUCGCCCCGGUCAUCCAAGUCGGCUAUCAUGGUUCUAGGGGCUUUGUACCUAUUUUAAGCAUGUCUGCAGUUUGACUGACGGUGAUUAAUUUAAACUUAGAGCUGUGAGAGUAUCAGUACGGGUGUAGCUAUGAACGUGUUGGUUCUGGAGUGUGAUCCAUGCUUGCAUUACUCUGUGCCUAGGUGAAUUACGAAUGCUAUCAUCACAUCGUUUGUAUUACUGGAUCAUGGCUGUUGGCGUGUUGAGAAUUGGUCGUAUGUCUGUUCAUAUGGAUGAUUAAUUUAAGCUGUCCACGGUUUCACCAAUUUCAA